UAGAGCGAAACAGGGGACACAAGAAACUUGAAUUGAUGCAUACAACGAUAGCUGCAGGUGUUCUUGCUUAGAGACCGAGUCUGAGAGAGGGAAAGGCUAGAGAGGUUUGAUCAACUCUCUAUUGGACUCUCUCAGAGUUAAACCUUCCGCAUCAGCAAUUGACUUGAAGCUUUGGAUCAAAUGAUAAUCACAUUCAGGACCAGAUGAUGCUCUUUUGCCUGGUUAUGUCAAUGUGAUGCAGAAUGUGGAAUUUUGCAUCAAGUUGCUUUGCUGGAAGUGGGAGGCAGAAGAAUGGUUGUGCAAGUGUAAAGCCAACUCACACAGCUUCUGAAUGCUCUGACGAUGAGAUGUCUUCUGUUGUGGGCAGAGGGGAAGGACUUGAGUGCCCGAUAUGUUGGGAAUCUUUCAACAUGGUUGAAAAUGUGCCUUAUGUCUUAUGGUGUGGCCAUACCCUUUGUAAAAGUUGCAUCCUGGGGCUGCAAUGGGCUGUUGUCAAAGUUCCAACGUUGCCUAUUCAGCUUCCACUUUUCAUCUCUUGUCCCUGGUGCAAUCUUCUAUCUUUCCGUUUGGUUUACAAUGGAAAUGUCAAAUUCCCUCGCAAGAACUACUUUCUUCUAUGGAUGGUUGAGAGCAUAAAUGGUGAUAGAGUGAAGAACCGAUCAACUCUUUCUAGGGAUCGUCAUCUUCAUCAGCAACCGCUCUGGCCAAUCAAGGACAAUCUAACAAUGGGAAGUCAAGCACGCCAUGGCAACAUACAAAGGGGACAACGUGUUCCUCAAUCCCAUCCAGAGCCAUCGGUUUCCAAUCAAUAUAAUGAUUACGCUGAUAAUCACCUCAGUAUGGAAAGACUGCAUGGUUCUGUUCUGAAGUCACUGAUUUUUGUUGUCCACUUGACAGCUAAGUUCCCACAUGUCCUCAUAUUUCUUCUCAUUAUCUCGUAUGCAAUCCCAGCAAGUGCAGCCGUUUUGGCUUUGUACAUGCUUGUCACCAUUCUGUUUGCUUUCCCAUCAUUUCUCAUUUUGUACUUCGCGUAUCCUAGUCUGGAUUGGCUUGUCAGGGAAAUUACCAACUGAGAUCAAGAGACAGUGUACUGUGUAUGUGCUUCACUUAAGUGGUCCUAUCCAGCUGCUUCUGCAUUGUAAUUAGCCGACUUCCACUUUUACGGCUUCAUUCAUCAUUUGUCUGCCCUUGUACAGCCCUGGUUCUAUUCGAGAUUUUUGAGUUUUGAUUUUAGCUUUUUCUUUGCUUGGAUGGUGGAUGAAGAUUGUAAUGUCAGCGUCUAGUGUUGAUGAAGUUCUUUUCAACCAAGGUCUUGGGGGGAAUUCUGUAAUGAAUAAUGUUGUAACCUUUUCCUGUUUGCAGAAGGUUCACUUGAUGGAGUGGGAAUCUUGAUAUAGUUAUCCCUUGGAAUGAUUUUAGAACCUCGUAUGUUAUUCCAUGGACACGAAUGAGCAUGUAUUGCCGUUGUGAUGUGUUGUAAUUUUGUAAAUUGCAUUUGUAUUACGAUUGAUUGAGCUGUCCGCUUGGAUACUGGAACCGUUGCUUGAUCAGGUUUAAAUGGAAUAUCUUUCUCAAUUUCA